ACCCUUUCUCUCUCUCUCUCUCUCUCUCUCUCUCUCUCUAACCCCCGCUAACAUACAGGAGUGUUUCAGCAUGCUGUGUAGUUUUGGGAGCUAAAGGAGAUCAAAACCCUAAUUCCCAUUUUCACCGUUUCGAAAAUGCCUCCGAAGAAGAAACUCAACUCUGCCUCCAAGAAAUCGAAUCAAAACUCCCAGCCUUCCAAGUUCGGAAUCCAGCACUUCUUCCACCGCCACACCCUCACCCAAAACCACCCUAAAACCCAACAAACACCAGAUCCCAAUACUAAUAAGCUUCAAAUACCUACAAAUGGGUCUCUUCCUCCCGAAAAGAGUGGUCCGAUUGCCGCACUUUCAGCCGCCCCAAACUCUAAAAAAAUCGCACUCGAUUCAGCAGUUCGGAACCCUACGAAUGAUUCGCGGACAACUGAGACGACGAAUUCGCAGAAUACUCCUCCCGAGAAUCUCUUACCGGCAGCUGUUAACGCCGGGGAAAAUCAAUCCGAGGUGUCCCCUGAGAUUUGCAAGUCGGUGUCUGUCAAGCGCUUCAAGUUUUCGCCUGGAAUGUUGAUCAAGCAGAGCCAGGAUGAUGGAGGUGAUGAGAUAACCUGGAAAAUUUCUCCUGUUAAUGAUCGACUCCAUGCGGUAUCAAAGCAUUUACCUGAUAUGGUCAAAGUGUUAGCAGAAUCUUCAAGGAUCAACUCUUUAGAUUUCCAUCACUGCCAGCUGAAUAAGAGUUCUCCCAGAUCACCCGGUAAGAUUGAGAAGUGGCUUUCUUCGCCUCCGCUGAAGUCAACAGAGAAAUCCUCGUUAUCCACAAAUGGGGUUAGCUUGAAAAGGUUUAAUCCAAAUCUUGAUAUAGGCUUCCAUCGAAGCCAAGAAAAUUCAAAUGAUAACAGCAACACCUGUGUAACUAAUAGCCCGAGUCCUUUCAAGACUCCACCAUCUCUUUCAUAUUGCCAUGAUAAGCCUGAUGAUGGAGCCGGUCCGCAUGAAACAACUGAUCAGCUGGAUUCAAGGCAACACAAAAAGGCAUUGCUCGAACUUUUAGACCAAGUGGAAGGUGUACUUUCAGUUGAUGAGUCCGAAAGUAAGGGUAUGGAGACAUGCAUAGCUGAAGUUCAGGCUGGAAAUAGUGGUGAGAAAUUUGUCAAAGCUCAUCCUGUUGUGAAUAGCUUGGUGACUAAUCUGCCGAGAAAUGUCAAAAGGGAAAUCUCCAAUAUUUAUUGUCUUGUAUUGGAGGUUUCUGAGAAACGUGGAACUGUUAAUUCAUCUGGUUCCCAAUGCCCUUUUAAGGUUCUUCGCUUAUUGAACGAGCAAAGUGGAGAAGAACGGGUUGUCCAUUUGUGGGAUGAGUGGGUUUAUAGUGUCAUUGCACCUGGGGAUACAAUUCAUGUCAUUGGCAAAUUUGAUGGCCAAGGGAAAUGCGAUGUAAAUCGUGACCAGAAUUAUAUAAUUGUUCACCCAGAGGUUUUGGUGUCUGGAACACGGGUUGCUGCCAGUUUCAGUUGUCCUAGGCGGACGGUCCUAGAUGAGAGGCUAAAAUGCAGCGAGCAAUCAGUUGCAGCAUUGACUGGCACCUUGUUGCAUCAGAUUUUUCAGGCUGGAUUAACAAGGGAAGAUCUAACAAAAGAGUUCUUGGAGGAAUAUGCAAGAAUGGUGCUCCAGAAAAAUAUUGAGAGCCUGUAUGCAUGCGGAGUGAAUGAAUAUGAAAUGCACAAGACGUUGAUUGAGGGAAUUCCAAGGAUGUUAAAUUGGAUACUCCUCUUCCGAGAAACACAGGAUUCAAAACUUCCUAGUGUUGAUUUUGGAUCUAAUGGGGGACUGAAGAAGGUUAGAGUAACUGAGGUAGUGGACAUUGAAGAGAUGGCAUGGGCCCCAAAAUAUGGCCUGAAAGGGAUGAUUGAUGCAUCUAUUCAAGUUGAAGUCACUUCGAGUGCCCAUGAAGUUUAUGAGAAGAUAAUGCCUUUCGAAUUUAAAACUGGGAAAGGAACUAGUGGCCAGUCAGCUAUGGAACACAGCGCGCAAGUGAUGUUGUAUACACUCCUUAUGUCUGAGAGAUACCUGAAGACUAUUGAUUGCGGUCUUCUAUACUAUCUCCACACAGAUCGGACACAGGGGAUUGCGGUAAGAAGAUCCGACUUGGUUGGGCUGAUCAUGCGUCGCAAUGAACUUGCAAGUGAUAUUCUCAAGGCAUCAACAUCUCAACAAUUGCCACCAAUGUUACAGAGCCCAAGCAUGUGCAAAGGUUGCCGCCACCUAAAUGCCUGUACUGUCUACCAUAAGGCCCAAGGUGGAAGCACCAAGGAUAGUGGAUUGGGUGACAUGUUUGUUUCACUUGUGAGCCAUUUGACAAGUAGGCAUUGUGCUUUCCUUCGGCGAUGGGAGCAGUUAAUUGAUUUAGAAGCUAAGGAAAUACAGAAUGCUAAGAAAGAUAUCUGGUGGUCAUCUAAUUCAAGGCAUGAAAAGUCAAGUAGUUGCCUUUCUUCUGUCAUUCUUGAUACUUCGGAUGAAAUCCCACAGACAAAGUUCUCUAAGGGCAACCGAUUUAUAUAUCGCUUUGUGCGCCAAGAAUUGCCUCAACUUGGUGGUGUAGCACGUAAUGGAGACUCUCUGAGUACUGGAUCUUCUCCUGUUGAUGGCAGUAAUUGCUCUCUUAGAAGUGGAGACUAUGUGAUACUGAGUACGGAAGAUGGCCGAUUAACAGUGGCAAGUGGGAUAAUAAUGGACAUCAGUCGCUCCAAUGUUACUGUUUCCUUUUCGAAGCGCUUAAGGCUUCCAGGGAGCAGCCCUUCUUCUAUGGCACAGGAUCUCCAUCAUGAAGUCUGGCGCAUUGACAAGGAUGAAGCCAUGACAUCAUUUGCAAUCAUGAGGUUCAAUCUUAUACAACUUUUCCUGCAAAAUGAGCAUAGUUUUCAUCAAAGAAGGAUGAUUGUUGACCUUGAGGCUCCUAGAUUCGAUAGUGGAUGUAUAUUUAGUCAAGACCCUGCAAUAUCGUAUAUCUGGUCUGAGAAAAAUUUGAAUAAUGAUCAGCGCAGAGCCAUAAUCAAGAUACUUACAGCAAAGGACUAUGCACUAAUUCUGGGGAUGCCUGGAACUGGCAAAACAUCCACUAUGGUGCAUGCAGUCAAGGCACUGUUGAUGAGAGGAGCAUCUAUUUUGCUUACGUCAUACACAAACUCAGCUGUCGAUAAUUUACUUCUCAAAUUGAAAGCUCAGGGCAUAGAUUUUGUACGCAUAGGAAGAAAUGAUGCGGUGCAUGAGGAGAUUCGUGGGCAUUGCUUUUCAGCUAUGGACAUACAUAGCACUGAAGAAAUUAAGGUAAGACUAGACCAGAUCAAAGUUGUUGCAGUUACAUGUUUGGGGAUAACUAGUCCUUUGCUUGUCAACAAGAGAUUUGAUGUUUGCAUCAUGGAUGAAGCUGGACAAACCACACUCCCGGUAUCCCUGGGGCCCUUGAUGUAUGCAUCCAAAUUUGUCCUCGUUGGAGAUCAUUAUCAGUUACCACCACUUGUCCAGAGCACCGAGGGUUUAGAGAAUGGAAUGGGCGUAAGCUUGUUUUGCAGGCUUUCAGAAGCGCAUCCCCAGGCUAUUUCAGCAUUGCAAAGCCAGUAUCGUAUGUGUGCAGACAUUAUGGAACUAUCCAAUGCAUUGAUAUAUGGUAACAGAUUGCAUUGUGGUUCUUCGGAAGUAGAGAAUGCCAAACUUAAGUACACCAGUUCUAAGUAUGUUUCAACAUGGCUAAAGGAGGUUUUGGAUCCAAAUCGACCAGUAAUAUUUAUUGAUACAGAUAUGGUGCCUGCUCUCGAGGCAAAAGAUGGGAAGACCGUAAAUAACCCAAUUGAAGCCAACAUUAUUGCCAAGAUUACGGAGGAAUUGGUUACCAAAGGCAUUGAAGUUGAAGACAUUGGCAUCAUCACCCCCUAUAACUCUCAGACAAAUCUCAUCCGCCAUGUUGUUUCCACAUCUGUGGAGAUACAUACCAUUGAUAAGUACCAGGGAAGAGAUAAAGACUGCAUCUUGGUCUCCUUCGUAAGAUCAAAUGAAAGUCCAAGAAACUGCAUUUCUUCUCUUCUUGGAGACUGGCACAGGGUUAAUGUUGCUCUGACACGUGCCAAGAAGAAAUUGAUAAUGGUGGGGUCGUGCCAGACACUUUCUAAGGUUCCACUCUUAAAACUUCUUAUUGAGAAGAUUGAUGAGCAAUCGGGCAUAUUUAGUGUGUCCAAGAAGGAUAUCAACCUCAGAGAGCUAAAGAGAUGCUCUCAAAUGAGGUGAAUGAAUUUUUUUUGUAACUUACCAAUUUCUUGUAUUUACAUUUUUGUAGUGUUUGUAAAAUCUCAUUAAUAUGUCAAUAAAACUUAAAAUCUCUUUCUGUCUUGCAAA